AGAAGGUUUCUGGCGGCGCCGGCGCCAUUUUGCCGGGGCCUGCGACCGAGUGGGAGUGGAGUGGAGUGGCCGUUGUUGCCGACUCUUUCCCCCUCCCCACGGUCCAGUCAGCGGGUUGAUUAGGCCCUCGGCCCUCGAGCCGAGACUUGUCUCUUGUUUAGUCCUGGCGGAGCGCCUGGCCGACAUGAGCGAUAUAGAGGAGAACAACUUCGAGGGCAGAUGAGCGGCCGCGUCUCUGUUGGAACCGGCGGCGUUGCGUCUAUAAAGGCGAAAGCCUUGAGGUUGAAGGUGGGACGAGCCUAAUGAAGUGGUUAAUGUUCGUGAAGAAAUUGAAGAGUUUUUUCCAAGAAUGUGGAAGAUAAAUCAAGAUAAAAGAAGGCUAAUGAAAAGUAUUAAAGAUCAGAAAAUUAAAAUUGAAUGGGGGAAAAAAUUGAACAGAAGAUUGGUCAGAUAGAAGCACUUGAAUAUUUUUUUUAAGGCUAUUUUGAAUUGUUUGAAUUGGGGAAGAAUACACGAAGUAUGAAAAAUGAAAAACUCAAUGAAGAAUGAAGAGAAGUAGAAAGCAAGAGUGAAGUAGAAUUAAAAGAAUCUGGAAGAAUGAAUGGGUCCUAGGUUAAGUAAAUGUAUGGUUUAUGUUCCAGUGUCUGUAUGAUCAAGUUGUAGAUGAAUUUGCAUGAUUACUUAGUUAAUAGAGAAUUGGUGAUCUGGUUCAAGUAGGGAAUUAUUGAGGACAGUUAGCAGUAUUAACGAUGGGUUAUUAAUGAGCUGAAAUUUUUUCUGGAGGGUGUUGCCUAACCAUUUGUUUUUCAGGAGCAAUCAAUAUAAAUAAUUACGGUACUUUAAAUGUUAGGUGUUAGGCAUCUACGUGACCAGUGCCAUUUGUAAUACUGUCUUCUUUGUUAGGAGUCUCGCUCUCAGUCAAAAUCUCCAACGGGAACUCCUGCUCGUGUAAAAUCGGAGAGCAGGUCAGGAUCUCGUAGUCCAUCAAGGGUUUCCAAACACUCUGAAUCUCAUUCUCGAUCAAGAUCAAAAUCCAGGUCAAGGUCAAGGAGGCAUUCUCAUAGACGUUACACUCGAUCCAGAUCCCACUCUCACUCUCACAGGAGACGAUCUCGAAGUAGGUCAUAUACACCAGAAUACCGGCGACGAAGAAGCCGAAGUCAUUCUCCAAUGUCUAACCGGAGAAGACAUACAGGCAGCAGGGCAAAUCCAGAUCCCAACACUUGUCUUGGAGUAUUUGGCCUCAGUUUGUAUACAACAGAGAGAGAUCUUCGUGAAGUAUUUUCUCGAUAUGGACCAUUGAGUGGUGUCAAUGUGGUUUAUGAUCAGCGAACUGGAAGAUCUCGAGGAUUUGCUUUUGUGUAUUUUGAGAGAAUAGAUGAUUCAAAGGAGGCUAUGGAAAGGGCAAAUGGAAUGGAGCUGGAUGGUAGAAGAAUUCGUGUGGAUUAUUCUAUCACCAAGAGAGCACACACACCUACACCAGGCAUCUACAUGGGCAGACCAACUCAUAGUGGUGGCGGUGGUGGAGGUGGAGGUGGCGGCGGAGGUGGAGGUGGUGGCAGACGUCGAGAUUCUUACUAUGAUAGAGGAUAUGAUCGUGGGUAUGACAGAUAUGAAGACUAUGAUUACCGGUACAGAAGAAGAUCACCUUCUCCUUAUUAUAGUCGUUACAGAUCACGAUCAAGAUCUCGUUCCUACAGUCCAAGACGCUAUUGAUAAUGGAAUGGUUGCAGCUGAGAACAUUUUUUCUCUUUAUUUUCUUUUUUCUCUCUUUCUUUUUUUUUUUUUCUAUAAUUCUGGAUUUCCCCACACUUCUGAUCCUUCCUACUCCUUAAAAAAAAAAAACUUUUAAAAAAACUCUGAUUUAUUCAGCAUCUACACUUUUGUCAAUUGUGUUGCUGUUUUCCAUCCCUUUUAUUGUACUCUCAACGAUGUAAUUGUUGUCAUUUGAGUAGUUAAACUAUCUUGAGUAAAAAAAGGAAACCCCAGUGUUAUGCUUUGUAAAUGAUUUCUUUGCUUUCAUAGAAGAUAAACUCCUAGCUAAUCACAUGAGGAAAGAAAUGAUCUUUUAAAAGCUUCUUUUGUGUUAGAUACUGUAUUAGAGAUCUGCAUUCAUGAUGAGCUCCCCCUCCCCCUUUUUUUUAUUUUCUUUUGGGGAAAAUAUUAAUAGUAACACUUGAAGUAGUUCAGUCAUGUCAGGUUUGUCUGGGGUGGCAUGGAGCAGUCAAAUAGUUGAGUUUAGAAAGUUUGAAGCUAUAGAAAACACUUGCCCAUUUCUUUGAAAGUACAGAAUUUUUGAACUUUAAAAAUUAAGUCAUUUUUAGAUAUGACAAGCUUGUGGACUCCUACAAAACAUGUAUUUGAAAUACAUCUGUUGAAUCUUAAAAACGUAAAGUGUGAUUUUUGUGUUAAACUUAUUCAAGUAUUCCCUUAAUCAGUGAAGGACAACCCUUAUUUAUUACCUAGAGCAAUUGUAUAAUUUGCUGUUAGAAAUUUUGGUAUUGGGACAAUGAUUAAGCAGGUUAUUGUAUAGUGUAGAGUCCUUAGAAGAUACAUGUGGGGAAAUGUAGUCAUCUUUCAAAUAAAAGUUAAUUUCUUUGAAAAUGGGCUUGUCUCAUUAUUGUAGAACAGUGGAGAAAUAUAACUGGAUUGGCUUACGAACCCUUACAUUUUUCUUCUUCCCUAUAUUUCUCCAAUACAUAGUUAUACAAAAGUUUGCACAUCCUGAGUUUUUAUUUCCUAAUAUUUAUCUUUUUUUCAAAUAUUUUUUUUUGUCUACCUGAAUGCUUAAUCUUUGUCUUCUCUUUGGUCUUUUUGUUUUUCCUCUUUUUUUUUUUUGUUUUGUUUUGUUUUGUUUUAUUGGUGAACCAAAUUGUAACUGAGAAUAUUCAUUACCAGCACCAUGCUGAAGGAAAGAUAAGUAGGUUGUUCACAACUUCAAGAAGUCCAUAUUCUGGUAGGAAACAUCACUUAAUUUGACUACAGUAUAACAUAGGGGGAGGAUAUUUAGGGUAUGACCUUUAAAAGGUAUUAGGAGCAGUAGGAAUAAAAUUAGAUUGUUAUGACAUUAAUAUCCUAUCAUUUGGAUCAGAGAAUUUUGUUUAACUUUGGAAUUGAAGUGUCUCAGGUUAUUGUUACUAAAAACUAACUUUUCAAAAAGCCUGUCCUUAAAAUAUUUUUUUUUCAAUAAAGGAUAUCCAAAGAAUAAA